AUGUCUGAUCAUUCAUCCAUCAGCCUUCCUGUGUUCACCAAAACUGCUAUUAGAAAAAAACGGCCGUAUCGGAAAAAGCCAGACGAUACAACAGACAUCAAUGGUAUUCAAAGUACUGAAACCAAGGAAACCAAGGACAGCAGCGACGAGGAUGAACACUCUAGAUUGACGUUACAGGAAGCAUUGGAACUUCGGAAACUACGGAAACCUAAACCUGGAAUAUCAGCUGCUAGCCUUGAAACAGGCAAAGUUUCAUUACCAAAUGGAAAACAUGAAGUAUCGGUCGAAACGCUCCAAGAUCAGGAUGAUCCUUGGAAACUCAAAAAUGGAGGCUUGAUAAAUAUAAGCGAUAUUCGUGGAAGAAGCUUUGGUGAAGAAGGAUCUGGCACGGGAGGGUUUGAAACAGCUUCUAAAGCAAUGGAUACAGAGAAGCACAUGAAAGCAUUUAUUGAAAAGGAAUUAAGGAAACGACGUGGCGAUGCUCCCAGCACUACUUCGGAUACGUCUCUUCCUUCAUUGCGUAAACUGAAUGAUGAAUUGAAGACCGGACCGACUGACUAUGACGAAGAACUUUAUAGGAUUCCAGAUGCAUUAACGAUCCCGGUCAAACCCAUCAAAGAAGAUAACGUUACCUUGUCUACAGGUAUGCUCAUGUCAAUUCCAGAAGUGGAUCUGGGAGUAAGCAACAAGCUAAAAAACAUUGAAGAAACCGAGCAGGCCAAACGAAGUUUGCUGGAAAAGGGACAAAGCAUAAAACCUGGCGAUGCUGUUUUUGACACGAUGCAAAAAACCCGAUUCAUGUCGACUGAACGAUGCAAGUAA